AUCUUGAUCUCUUAAGCGAUCCUCGGCUGGAAUAGCAUUCCGGCUUAAAAGUCACUAUGCGUCUCGCCUUCAACGUUCUCAACGCCGCCCUGGCCAUAUCCACUGCUACAGCCGCACAGGACACGAUCGACCGCGACGUCGUGAUCCUCGGCGGCGGUGCAACAGGGACCUACGCGGCCGUCCAACUCCGCGCACAAGGGAAAUCCGUCGCGCUCGUCGAACAGAAAAGCCGACUCGGAGGCCACGCAGAGACGCUGUACCUGCCGAACGGAAAGCACGUCAACUACGGGGUAGAGGGCUACUUCAACAACGAGCUCUCAAAGGACUUCUUCUCGCAGCUAAACGUCGAAUACGAGCCUCUCCUCCCGGGCUCGUUCAUCUCGCAAAACGUCAACUUCGACACCGGCGAGCGCGUGCUUCCAUCAAGCGAACUCCUCACAACAGUCGUCGCGGCUACACUGUAUCGCAACGCGAUUGAGCAGUUCGACUACCUCUCCACAGGCGCAUACUACCUCCCCGAUGAGAUCCCCGAAGUCCUGCUGCGGCCCUUCCGCGAAUUCGUCGAGGAACACGCCCUCCAAGGCGCACUGAACCUGAUUUUCACUUUCGCCGAGAACGUCGGCAAUAUCCUCGACCAGCCGCUCAUCUACGUGAUCCAGAACUUCGGCGUCCCGCAGAUCGACGCCCUCCUGCAGGGCGGGUACAUCACGCCGAAGAACGGGACGGACGAGCUCUUCAACGCCGCAGCGAACUACAUCGACGACUCGACUAACAUCUUCUACGACAGUAUCGCCACGCACACCGAUCGCUCAGAAAAGGGCGUGGAGGUCACAAUCCAAAACUCCAAGACGGGCUCUAAGAAACUGAUCCGCGCAAAAAAACUACUCAUCGCAUUCCCGCCAACCCUCUCUAAACUGGAAGGCUUCGAUCUCGGCGACGAGGAGAAAUCUCUCUUCUCGAAAUGGACACAUAAGAACUACUACGCCGCGGCGAUCACCAACACCGCCAUCCCCGACGGGUUCAACAUCCUCAACACAAACCCAGACAACCAACCAGGGAGCCUCCCCACAACACCCUUCCAAUGGUCCUUCGAAUACUCCGGCGAGCCGGGGUACUUCAUGUCCAAGAUCGUGGGCGAGGAUAACCUCACUGAAUCCGCGGCGCGGGAGAUGGUAAUCAACGACAUCAAGCGGAUGAGCAAGGCAGGAACAUUCAAGAUCGAGGACGGUCGAGAGCCGGAACUUGCGGCCUUUGCGUCGCAUUCGCCUGAGACGUUGAUGGUGCCGAUUGAGGAUAUUAAGAACGGGUUUUAUAAGCGGCUUUAUGGGUUGCAGGGCGUGAAGAGCACGUAUUAUACAGGGUAUACGUUCUGCACGGACUAUUCGACCCCGUUGUGGAAUUAUACGAGGAGUGUGGUUGAUAGUAUGGGGUUGUAAUAUUAUAACGAGUAUAUAUGAAUGUUUGGUGUAAAUCUAUUAUGAUUUAGAUUAUUGCUACCUUCAUUCAAUAUGUCAAUAAAAGAGAAGAAAUGGAAGCACAUGCAAAAAAAGAAGUAUCAUAGGAUUAGGCUGUAUAGUCUCCUGCACGGCAGUCUUUAC